ACGCAUCCACCAUCUCCUCUCCUGGCAUCUUACCGUUCCUCUAGACCAGUCUACGCUCAAACAGUCCAAAAUCUCAGAUAAUCUUUCAUGUCUAGCUCAAACGCAGUCAUCCUCGUCACCGGUGGUACCGGCCUCGUAGGUCGUGCCAUCCAACACAUCGUCGAAUCCGAACCCGCGAACUCGAGAUUCGGUAAGAGGGACGGGGAGACUUGGGUCUUCGCGAGCUCGAAAGAGGGCGACCUGCGUGAUCCAGAGGCGACCAAGAAGCUGUUUGAGAAAUACAAGCCGACGCAUGUUAUCCAUCUUGCUGCACUCGUCGGUGGUCUCUUCAAGAACAUGAAAUACAAGCUCACCUUCUACCGUGACAAUACCCUCAUCAACGACAACAUCCUCUGGACUUCGCACGUUACCGGGGUCCAAAAGGUCAUAUCCUGCCUAUCGACAUGCGUCUUCCCCGACAAGGUCUCCUACCCUCUCGACGAGAACAAGAUCCAUCUCGGAUUGCCGCAUGAGAGUAACUUCGGGUAUGCGCACUCAAAGCGGAUGGUCGAUGUCGCGAACAGGGCUUAUAAGGACCAGUUUGGAUCGAACUUCACCUCGGCUAUCCCUACCAAUGUAUUUGGACCUUACGACAACUUCGAUCUCGAAGACUCUCACGUCAUCCCCGCCCUCAUUCACAAAUGCUACCUAGCAAAGCAGAACAACACGCCCUUCGUCGUAGCAGGCACCGGUAAACCUCUCCGACAGUUCAUCUACUCUCACGACCUCGCCAAACUGUUCAUCUGGCAGUUGAGGGAGUACGAUGAAGUCGACCCUGUCAUUUUCUCCGUCGGCGAGGAUGAGGAGGUCAGCAUCAAAGAUGUAACUGACGCUAUCGUGAAGACCAUGGACUUCAAGGGCCAAUACACCUUCGACACCUCAAAAGCCGACGGCCAAUUCCGCAAGCCCGCCUCGAACGCGAGGCUCCUCUCGCUCAUCAACGAGCCUUCAAAAUCGGGCGGCAAGACGUUCGCGUUCACGCCGUUUGAUGUCGCGUUGAAGCAGACCGUCGAGUGGUUCGUGGCGAACUAUGAGACGGAAGCGAGGACGGGGAAGGGAAAGAAGACUACUGCUUAGAGGCUCAACGCUCAAGGUGGAAGUAACGUCGGAGAUGAGGUCUAUGUAGGAAGCGAAGCGAUUUAGAGGGAGGAGGCGUGUUUGUAAGUGGGGGCCAGUCUGAUCAGUUGGACACUUCGUGCGAGUUCUGUAGGAGGCGUGAGAAUAUGAAUCGAAGAUACCUGGAGUGUGUACAUCUAUCACGGAUGUUUGUUGGUUUUGUCAUGAAAGCUGC